AUGGUACUCCUUAUUGACGAAUUUUCUAAAUUAUUAAAUUGUAAACCCUCGAAACUCCGUGAACGACUUCAGCAUCCUAAGGAUCGUGAACUAAUCCUGGAAAAAUUUAAAGGAAAACUAGUUCGAACAACGUAUAAAGACAGAAAUGAAUUCAACAAAACAUUUAAAAUUGGGGGUUUGAGUGAAUAUGGUGCAGACAAAAUUAAUGCAUAUGGACGUCUGCCACGUCCAUUUAAUAUUAGCGUGACUGCGCAUUUUUAUUCACGCCACCGCAUACGUCUUCAUCAUCCUUACACACAUUGCGUCAUUGAGAAAUUCAGUGACAAGAAAAGUGGAGCCGAGGAUAGAUACUACCCCCUCGAAUUAUUGGAACUUAUUGAUGAGUCAAAAACUAACCCUUUCAACACCUUUAUGCGAGAUAUCAACAAAGAAAACAUCGAUGUGAAACUAGAAUUAAAUGAUGAAGUUAAAGAUGAUAAGGAAUUUGAAACAUAUGCUCGUGCACGAAAAGAAUGUAAUCAGUUAUCUUUUGAUACAUAUUGGUGA